AUGGCGGCGCCCCGGCGGAUGGGCAGCCGCCUCUCCCAGCGCGAGGAGCGGGCCGGCUCGGCCGAGUCGUGGUUUACCAGCAGCGCGUCCUUGGCCCCCGUGGCCCCCGAGCCGCCCGUCUCGCCGGGGCCGGUGGCGGAGCCGCCCGGCAAGAACCUGUGGGAGCAGAUCUGCGAGGAGUACGAAGCGGAACUGCCUCCCUUUCCAGAGGAGUAUAAAGUCAAACCAGAAGCUGUGAUGACUCAGGUUUCACCGUUGGAGGAAACGGUUUACCGUGGCUUCCGCGCAGAGCAGCUUUUCCCAGUUUCUCGGUCGCCCACAGCCUCACGUAUACCCUGCCCUCAAGUUAAAGAGGAAACAGUCGAUCCAAAGACAUGUUCCCCUAGAGAAUUUUUGGAAACGUUCAUCUUUCCAAUUCUGCUUCCCGGAAUGACUAACCUGCUUCACCAAGCAAAGAAAGAGAAAUGUUUUGAGAGGAAGAAAACCAAAUUCGUUGCCUGUGAUUUUCUGACCGAGUGGUUAUACAAUCAUAAUCCGAAGAGGACAGAGGAGCCAUUCACAGAAUUCUUUUCCAUUCCAUUUGUGGAGCAGUGGCUGCAGCUUCACCCACGGCCGCCAAUCCCACUCUCCCUCCUGCUGACAGAAGAGGAAGCAGCCCUCAUCAUUCAGUCCUUCUGGAGAGCCUAUCUGGUUCGCUGUGAUCCUGAGAUUCAAGAACUGCGUCAGUGGCAGAAGAAACUACGUGAAAACAAGCACAUUCACCAGCGAGUCCGAAUUUUCUGGGCCAAACAAGAACAGAAAGUGAAAUGCAAAAUGGAGGACGAGGAGGAGGCUGCAGCUAAGGCCCCACCUUAACUACUGUCGUAUCCUUUCCUUUCUGAGCUCCAGUGACGCCGCGCGAGGAAAAUGUCCCAAAUACGCUUGCUCUACUGAUUUCUCUCACGACUAGAUUUGGUGCAUGUGAAUACAGAACCUGUCCCGCACAAGACGAUUUGUGGCGAAGGUGCUUUAGUGCAAAUAGUUUAUCGUAAGAAAGUACUAGUCUUGACUUUCUGCAUUAGCCCCCAACUUCAUUCUUUCCUCCACAUAUUUCUUCAGUGCCUCGGGAGCGUUCUUAGACACCAGCCAGCGUUAAAAUGUACACGAACUCCAGCACCAAGAGAAGCUGAAACGCUCUCUGGCUACCGGUUUCCCUCUUUUGGUCACCUUUGCAAAGAUCAUAUUUCAAUCAAAGCCCCAAACCGCGGCAGUGGGUUUUAAGUUUAUCUGGUGAACGCUCUUUUCAUAAAAAAGAUGUUAUUGCCUGUGAUCAUUUCCAAAGGAGACUGGCCCUUAACUUUUAUUGCAAACCCAACGAGAUGAGACACAUAAACACAGAGAACAAGAACAGACAAAGGAUUUUUUGUUGUUCAGACCCCAAAGUUUUAUAGAAAGUUCCUCAUUUUACGAGUGAGCUGACUUAUUACCCUCAUUUGUUCUAUGGUUUGCUGUUAAUCAGGACUCUCCCGUCAAAAUGCCACAGACUUAGCCUCUGGGCAGAUCCAAAAGCCGAGUAACUGUACUGGGUUGUUUUGACGAGCUCCGACACCUCUUAAGUAAAUAGUAAAGCCUUUAUUUUUGUGUUAAGAACAGCAUUUGGAAAAUAAAACCUAUCUGCCCAUGCUUUACAAC